UUAGACGAGGAGGGGGGGGGCGUCAGAAAGCGCGCGGUUUCUCCGCACAGCGACGCGUUCGUCACCGCGUUUCCACACGGACGGAUUCAUUACCUCAACAUUAACCUGGGGAGAACAAAAACACACAACAGGCAUGCUGGCGUUCCAUUAGGAACGUCGCCGGUGUUUACAAUUAAACCGACGCAUUUUCUUUAUUUAUUUUUGUGAGAGGAUUGAGAGGUGGGGGGGGGGGGUUCAGUGUUGGCCGUCGAGCGGCCACAGCGGCCACCCUCAAGUUGCCGCGCGGCUUCAAUCGCGAAAACAACAAAAACAUCUCAAAUAAAACCGCAGCUAUUAAGCCGCAGGAGCACAAUACAGCUGGCGAAGGAAGACGUGUUGUGGGGAUUUUCGUGUUCUUGAUUCCUCAUUACUUGAAUCUUGAACGGAGCUGAGCUCGGGGGCGAUGGAGACACUGAUCGAGAAGCAGUGCGGCGCGCUCGAGGGUCUCUUCCAAGCCGUCAUCAACGACAUGAAGGGCAGCUACCCAGUUUGGGAAGAUUUCGUCAACAAAGCCACAAAGUUGAACUCACAGUUGAGGACGACGACGGUGGCAGUGGUGGCGUUUCUUGAUGCGUUUCAAAAGGUGGCAGACAUGGCGACCAACACCCGAGGCUCGACGCGAGAGAUCGGCUCGGCCCUCACCAGGGUGUGCAUCAGACACCGUAGCAUCGAGUCGAAGCUCAGACAAGUGUCAACAGCCCUAAUGGAAAGUCUGGUCUCUCCGCUACAAGACAAAAUUGAGGAUUGGAAGAGGAGUGCUAACCAGCUGGAUAAGGACCAUGCCAAAGAGUACAAGCGCGUACGACAAGAGAUUAAGAAGAAGUCUUCAGACACUCUUAAGCUGCAAAAGAAAGUGAGGAAAGGCAAAGGUGUGGAUGUGCAACCCCAACUGGAGCUGGCUCUGCAGGACGUCAACGACUCGUAUCUGUUGUUGGAGGAGACGGAGAAAGGCGCCGUGCGCCGUGCGCUUAUCGAGGAGCGUGGCCGCUUCUGCACCUUCGUGUACCACCUACGGCCCGUGCUGGACCAGGAGAUUUCCAUGUUGGAGGAAGUCACUCAUCUGCAGACCAUAGUGCAGGACCUGACCAACAUGACCUCCGAUCCUCACAGGCUGCCCCCAGCCAGUGAGCAGGUAAUUUUAGACUUGAAGGGCUCGGAUUUCAGCUGGAAAAUCCACACCCCACCCGCCUCGCCGAGCCUCACAGCUUCCUCCCGCCGCUCUAGCGUCAGCAGUGUGGCCCCUCCAACGCACCUGAGCAGCCGUUUCUACAGCGUGUCAUCCCGUGACUCUGGAUUCCCAGCCGCUGACGCCGCCUCCCUCACGCCCCCCGACACUCAGACAAAAGUGCCUAGCCCGGCGUCGUCCGACACCUCGGAGGCUUGCCUCUCCACCAGCGACUGUAGCUCGCCAUCCUCCACUAGCACUGGCUCCACGCAGGGCGCCGCACUCAAGGCGGACAAGUCGCUGUGUGGCUGUGACCGUGGCCGUGAGUUUGAGCCCGCGGUACCUCCGCCUCCCGCGGAGCCCGCGCCAUCCAUCAUGCCCAUGCUCCACCACCCCCGCUCGCUUGCCCACCGGCCCGCCUCGCUCGCCUUCCCUCCCUACCAUCACCAGCACGCCGCCCGCAGCCCACGUGCCUCAUACCACCAGCGCAUUGCGUGCAAGGAGUGGAGCAAACAGCCGAGCCCCUACGAGCAGCCGUCGUCCUCUGCCACGCUGCCACGAACGAUUGCGGAGACCGAGACGGAUUUGCGCUGCGCGGUGAUGCCGGCGCCACCCACGGUGCCGCAGCCCGGACGGCAGGGCCCCGACACGCCGCGGCCACAGAGCGUCGCCUUCCUACACGGCGGCAAGGUGGACGUGCUGGUGCCAGGGGAGCUGAGCAAGGCGCUGGUGCAGGGGCUGCAGCUGGAGAGCCAGAAGAGCAGCCGCGACUCGCUGCAGUGCUCCAGCGGCUACAGCACGCAGACCACGACGCCCACCUGCUCCGAAGACACCAUCUCCUCUCAAGCUUCAGACCAAGACUAUUUCUCGGUGAACGGCGAUGCAGACGAGGCCGACGCUUGCGGCCAGCAGCACCUUCUGCCCCCGCCGCCACAGCACCUGCACCACCACCAGCAGCAGCACCAGCAGCAGCACCAUCAGCAGCAAACGGAUGCGGACAAGUGCUGCACGGUUCCACGCGGAAGCGAGCUGGCGCAGUCGUACCGCCGAAUGUUGCAGGUGAAGAGGCCCGUUUCGACGGCCGGGCUGCCGUGCGCCAGCGGCACGGGGCCUUCGCCGUCGUCGCCGCCCUCGCCGCACGGCGUGGCCACGAUCCGCCGCGUGCCGUCCGCUAAAACGGCGCCGAGGCCCACGGGCGGCCCGCGGCCCAUCCGCCCGCCCAGCGUGCCCGUGCGACGCACGGCUCUAAGGGUGGACGUGAGCUGUCCGGGUGUCCUGGUCAUGGCUGACGAGGCGUCGCCCCACCGCAUGGCGCCCCCCGAGCUCGUGUCUCCCGAGGAGCGGCUGCAUAUAGCUGCGACGCGGCGCAGCAUGACGGAGCGGCUGGGCGCCGUGGUGGUGGCGGCGCACGCGCACGCCCAGUCGCACUCGCCCUUCUCCCCGUUCGCCAACACCAACGACGCCACCGGUGCCGGGGCCGUCUCGGCCACGACGUCAACAGCGGGCAGCGGCGCCGUCACGGUCGCUGUCGGCGCGCACGAGGACGCACGCAAGCAGACCACGCCGCACUACCCGGCGCAGGCACAGGACAUGCUGACGGCAAUCCGGCGAGGCGUGCGUCUGCGCAAAACCUCAACCAAUGACCGCUCGGCUCCGAGGUUUUGAGCGUGGAUCACCGCCCUCCACCCCCCCGACCCCGAUCCCAUUCCGUUCCGUUCUUUAGCUGAUUUAUUUUCCACCACCGUCCGACCGGCUUCGGAUUAAGGGAAAAAAUAUAUACGUUGAUGGUGAUGGCAACAAAUAGCCGUCAGAAACUAGAGCAAGCAACUUGUUGCAACCACUCGAUGCGGCGCCUGUCCUCGUGUUUUGUGAUUUUCUUGGAGCCGACAGUCGACACAUCCCAGUGUGUUUGUCGAUGUCUCUACUGACUGUGCUGAGCACCAAAAGAUGAAUUAUAAGCACUUACACGUGCGCGCAUGUGUGUACGGGUGGGGUAGAACAACGUUGCUUCAUAUUUACGUCAGUUUCUUUGCUUGUUCAUUUGUUUUGGGGUUUUUUCGCGUUGAGUAAUGCUCGCAUGUUUUUGUUCAUAGCAUAGAGGACGUUUGUAUAAUUAAUACUGUAAUAUCGACUAACUUUAAGUAGUUGCAUCAUGUAUAAUGGUUCCUUUCUCUACGUUUGCGCUGGGCGUUUUGGAAGACAACACAAAUUUGCUCGUUCACAAGUGCAGAGCGCAUUGCGCGUUUAGAAUGUGGUCAACGGUCACAGCACGAAAGCCUCUGGCGCUUGCUGCUGCUGCUAUUGCUUUGCCAUUUCACACUGCCUUAACUUGUAUGGUACCUGGCAGAGGUGGGACAAGGUGAGGCACGGUACUGUGCAGCACCGAGCAAGGCGUUGCCAGUCGAAGGGCAGAUUUCAAGCGAGUGUAAUGAUUUUCAUUUCCCAUUCAAGUACACGUGUUUUUUGUGUCGGAAAUUCCAGGCCUCUUAAUAGCAGCUUAUUUGGGAAAGACGGGAGAGGCUGGGUCUGUAUAUUCACUGAGGCUUACUGCUGUUCAAAAUGUGCCACGUUCAGCUGACUUGUCUGUUCAAUCACACUCCAGCCUGGAUCUAGGAGAAUGGGAGGAGCCCAGAGCCGAGGGGUGGCUGAUGCUUUGAAGGAUUUGUCCCCCAUUUUGGAGAUAUUUGGAGCACAGUGCACGCUAUGCAUGUUCACCUACCGUAAACAUGCGUGAAAGUCGCACAGUGUGCGCACGGCGGUGGUGCUAAUGUGCAGGCUUCGAUUGAAUUCCGGAUUUAAUUUCAACCACCGCUUGGUCAAAACGCCCUCUCCCAAACUCCAGGUGGAGCGCUGCCACCUUAUUCUGUACUUUUACCGUGGUGGAGAUGCUGCAAGGAGCAUCGCUCGCGCAGCAUUGAUGUGACUGUUAAUUCAUUGCACUCGUUCUCUCUGAGCGAGCCUCCCCAGGUGCUGAGCACAAACCAGUCCAGUGGCAAAUAUAAGCCUUACACCAAUUCAAAAAUUCUUGAAGUUGCCGUUGAGUGCAUUUUUAGUUAAUUAGUGCACAAACGAAACCGACACGGUGUGUGCAAGUUUCACAACGUCUUGUUUGUAUACGUGGGGUUAUUUUCCAGUUCCUUUAUAUUUGCUUUUCAACCAAAGCCCCCGGGCUCACGAUGUGAUUAUGCAGCCGUGGUCAAUAACAACAAUAUGAUGCUUUUCAGACAUCGCUGCAAGCGACAGGCUUUCCCAGUGGCUAUGUUCUGAAGCGCUUUCAUGAGGUUUUCUUCCUUCGCAACAAAGGUCACUCCCAAUCCAGCCUCACUGUUAUUGUUCAGUCAUGCCCAUAUCACAGCUGUUUCUCGCCUGGCAAUGUUUUUUACAACAAGUUACACAGUUGGUCCACUAAGUAGGUCACAUCGUAAGCCUCCCGGUGCUUUUAAUUGCACUCACGGUUUUUCCUGCGGCAUGUUUACCUAAGGCUUUAACGGUCAAAUGCUCGUUCUCUUUAAUCAACAUCAUUUACAAGUAACCUGACAUUCUUGCUUCCUAACUGGAAAUGACAGCUCCCUUUGGGGGGCGCUGGGGGGGGGGGGGUCAUCGAAAACAGCAUAUACCGUAGUUGCAUUCUAGAGGCUUCAGAGCAUUACGAUUCACGCGAGCUGUAAUUGCGGAGUUUGUGUAUACGCACGAGCCCAAACAGAAUGGGCUGCCAAUAUAGCACUGAACUAGGCCAAUAAAAAGGGGCAUUCGCUCUUCUGUGAAAGAUCAAUUAUUCUGGAAAGGCUCACCAAGUCUGUACUCUUCUUCAUUUGGGUUCCGAAUUGGAAUAUUUAUCCGAUCAUUUUAAUGACCGUGGCUGUGAGGGGGGGAUAAGUCUCCAAGGACAAUAAAACUCGUUAAUACAACUCGACCAUCUCCUGGCCACUGUUAAGCCCAUUUGGUUUGAGAGGAUUACAAAUUUGUAACGGUAAAAGAAUUGCAUCUGAAGGGAUAUUUUCACGGAUGUUUUGAAUAUAAUCAUUUGAACUAUAUGACUGCAAAGGCUUUAUUCCAAGCAAGACUAAAAUGAACUCCUGGUUCAUCGUGUCGGAAAUGAAGCGUACCUGAGGCCCCAAAGUCAGCUGAUGUGUCUCCUGGAGAUCUGAACGUGUAUGUUGUCGGUGGUCACGUAGAGAGAAGGCCUUUCAGCCCGCACGGUGCAGUUACCAACAAGUCGAAUGUUGCGAGCAUUGGUGGGUGAUUUUGUCACGGAUAGACAUUUAUGUACUUGAGAAGCUUGUCAGGUUCAGCUUUUGUUUUUAUUAAAGAUAACUAAUUAUAUAUUGACUCUAACUGUGACCAGAAGUCAUUUGCAGGUUUUUCUUGUUUACCAAUCAAAAUACUAUAACAGCGUUUAUACGUGCAUUCCGCAGUUUACGUGUGAACAGUGAGCUCUGACAGUGAGAAAGCGAUAGGUUAAGCUAAAUGGUGAUUCAACCCUCCCACACCCAAUGCCACAGAUGCCGUUUUGCCAAUAUCAAGUCAUUAUUGGUUGCUCAGAAUCACAUUCAAGCAGCCCUGCAGAAAAAAAAACGACGCCACCGCACGUGGGCGUCUGAUGUCACUCCUCCAUGAGUGUAUCCACGCCCGCGUUCAGUGUAGACCAGUGAUUACUUGAAGCCAGGCCUCAACACCGAUUCAUGAGAAAAUCAGCCCAGUAUAGCUGCAAGUUUCAUAACAAUUGUCAAAGACGAAACAUCUCCAAAGAAAAACAAAUCUAAAUGUGCCCCAUGAGGUGUAUUUUUUCCCUGAAAUUCAAAACGAGUGCCUCUGCACAGGAGCCUACUACCAUCGUGGGCAUGAUGAGGUUUACUUUUUAAACCUGAGCGUGGUCCUGCAGGUUUUGAAAAUAUAUUUUUACAAUGGAAACCAAUCUGUUUACCGUGAAAUUACUGCUCCUUGUCAUGCACUGUCAAAGUGUCUCCAUAUUUAAAUGAGCAUUGAGGCAAACCUGUGUUGGUGGUGGUGAAAACCUUACAUUGCUUGCACUUCCACAAAGUGGUAUUAAUUUUAUUGACCCCCAGGCGCAUGAUGGGCUAACUUGACCGCCCGAUUUGUUGUUGAAUUUUCAGAUUUUCAGAUGCGAGCCGGGCAUUGCCAUGACACCACCUGGCUGGUGAACAAUUAUUUUGUGUACCCCACUGGCAAAUUCAUUUGCCGACAACCCAACCCUUGCCUCCUACCAUUACACUCAACUGAGAUUCAAAAGGGGAGUGGAAAUAUUAUCUUGCUUGAUUUCAGAAUACUGUAAUUAUAUUCACAUGCUUCCCUCUAAAACAAAAUAAUUUUCUAUAUUCAAACAGAGAUACUUGAUGUAAUACCCAGCAUGUUGAAGAGCAGUUGCUAUCAUUGACCUCGUAAGUAACGCUGUUAGAAGGCAGUGAACUGUGUUGUGCGAUGAAGACUCAGUAGGGCAAUGGUUUACACUUAUAAAAUUUUCAACCGCCUCGGAUGUUACAUACGUGUACAAAUAUUUUGGUGCAUAGUAGAGUCGAGCUGUUUUUUGGUAGUUUUCAAUUGUAAUGCUUAGUUCAUGUUGUUUAUAGGUUUGUUUAAAAAAAAGUCUGAAACAAACUAAAACAAAUUAACAAUUGAGUUCCAAAGCAAAAAGAUUGGCUGGACCAGCAUUGAAAGAACAUAUUUAAUUUAUAAAGUAAUUUCGUUGUUUUAUCUUUUUUUAUGACAAUAGUGGAUAUUCUAAGAUUAAGCAUAUUUUAGUACGUGUACUUUCAUAUGAUAUCGGUAUUUGAACGUGUCUCAAUCUUUUAAUGUUUUAAUGUUUUUUACGACAUUUUUGUCUUUAUUUUCGUUUCUCUCAAUUAUCCGAGCUUGUCUUUGACUUAACUCUUUUUGACAUUUACACAAUUUACAAGAACUUAAUUAUAAUAAUAAUCUCUCGUGCCAAAACUAAAAAAAAUGUAAUCUGUAAACAACAUUCUGCACCCUCCCAGGCUUGGAGACGAUGACGAUUGAGGUGUAAAUGGCACCAAGCGUUCUUUAACAAGUUCUCGCCGACCUGUCAUGGAAUGCCAGGUGGCCGAGUAGAACAGCCACCUGGAGUCCGCUGUACACGGCACGUCAUAGUGCACGCGUCGCUUAACAUCUGUGCUGACCACUCUUCCGCAAAUAACACUGCUCACUAAUGGAGGGUCUCUGGCGUUUUCAGAGAACACCCAAAACACUGGUUGGGAACUCUUGAAUUAUUUUAAGAGUACUCCCACGGAUGCAUAUACGUAGAAAACCCCCCUUCAUAGUUGUAGUGGCCAUACCUAAAGCAAGACGUCGCCUUGCGUGCUGUUCAUGACAUUGUACUUUUUACGCCUCUCCCGAGUCAAGAACUGUUGUGUGAAGAGAGCAGUGAAAUCCUUGCGACCCAAGUGCCCCGUGUGCUGGGAGUACCCAAGGCGGAUCGAUGUAAUGCAGGACCCGAUGCGUUUGUGAGUGCGUGCGGACGUUGCCAGUUGUCGCAUUGCAUCUAAGCAGCGGCCUGUGAGGAGCAGAUUGUGUCGGGGGUCUUGCAGGCUUCAGUCCUCAAGACCGCCUCUCAUACGCCGCUCGCUCUCACGGUUGGACAAGCGCCUGACUUCGUGCAUUGUGCCUACAUUGUUAGACUGUAUUGAAUAUGGCACAAUGUUGAACCAUGAAUUCUAGAUUUGAAGUUUUCGUGACUGCAAGGAUUCAUAUUCUUAGGUUUUUUCGGUAAAGUCACGUAGGUAAAACAUUUACUUUUAUUAAUUUUAAUGUUUUACCUACGUGACUUUACCGAAAAAACCUAAGAAUAUGUUGAACCAUGGAUUUACAUAGCAGCUAAAUUGAUACUGUUACGUUUGUCAUUAAUUUACCACAUGAGAACCCAUUCACAAAAGUCUCUUGAGCAAGGAAAAUGUGGAGCAUGAUUUAUGCAUUGCCAAAAAAAGCAGUUUACAUCAAAUUUGGUAUUUAAAAAAUGGUUAGGGUCUUUUAACAAAAAAUGCCUAAAUUAUUUCCCAGCAAUCCAUCCUGCCUCUUGGUUUAGCGGGAAUUUUGACUUUCUGAAUGUCAAGCAUUGAGCUUGGUGCAAAUGUAGGUUUGGUAAGGAGAAUGUAAAGUUGUGCAAGGGUGAACUCGCAAGGUGGCAGGACCAAGGAUGUCCCCGUGCAUGCUUACAGAGCCCCCUCAGACCAAUGUUUGGCCGGGUGUGAGGUGGGAAAUUGGUCACAAGUGGUGGAAGAACUGGCUCCAUGUGAAUCGACCUGUAAGAGAUGGGACAGUCUCGUUCCAAGUAGUAUAUGGCCAGUUGCAUAAAACACCUUAUUAAAACACUACUUAUUGCCUUCAUGCCUGUCGGUGCCGGCAUCGAUCCCAUUAUUUGCAGUCAGCGUAUCCUUCAUAUAUGGCUCCUACAGCGCCAACUGCAGAGAAGCCUGAUGUGCAGACGAUUUUUAAAUCGUAUGUGGGUGCAGUGAUGACAAAACAACUUUAAUACAGUUGGUGCGAAAAAGUUGACGUUUACGUAAGCCCAUAAUCCUAUUGACCUACAACUCUAGAUGGAUGGAUGGGUGGGUAUUUGCGGGGAGGAAUAAAUGCCGAGAAAAAGGACAGGUAACCCGAGACGAGUCAAGUUGGGUUCGCUGUGCGGCCAACCUCCAGAACAGCUGUCAGCAUCUCUUUGUUGAGAUUGAUCGUCACGUGCAGCAGUGGAUACAUUAAGAAGAAGAAAACACGGAACUGAAGGUGUUUUAUGCAAGCGGACUCGUGCGUGUAUGGAGUCUUAUAUGAAGACGGGGCAUGACAGCAGGACAUUCGGUGAAGCUGGAAUAAUGUUUUGUUAGCCACUGUUGUCGCCUCACCCGAGACCCCCGACGUGUGUGAAGCACAAUGACACAGAGACAACGCAGUCGCUCACGCUAUUUUGCUAAUCUCAACAGUUGGUGGACGAACGUUGGUGACCUACAUCUGAUGCCUCUCUUCCCUUACACCCCACCUCCAUACUCCACCCCUAGUUCCCACCUUAUGUACAGUAUAUUAUAAUAGACUAGUAGAUCAAAAAUUGUUCUUUUUUUAGAUGAAAAGUGUUCGCAGUGCUUCUCGCUUAAAACAGCGAAAUUAUUGAAUAAAGUUGCAGUAACGUAAACUAGAUUGU